AUGGGAAAUUGUAUGGAAACUUGUAAGGAAGAAAAUAAAGAGAUUGAAAUGAGGGGAAAAGAAGGAGAAGUUGUGAAAGAUGUCGUGAGUAAUGAAAAUGGGUUAAGAGUAAAGAUGGUUUUGACUAAAGAAGAGUUACAAUGGUUAAUGAUGCAACUGAGUAACAGAGAAAAUGGGGUUAAGAGGAUUGAAGAUGUGUUUGGUGAGAUUGAGAAGGGUAGAAAGAAAGUAGUUUCAUCUGGUCAUUCUUGGAAACCUUCUCUUGAUAGUAUUACUGAAAUCCCUGAAGUUCAUGAGAUGAAUAGAUGA